AUGGCGGCAGCCGAGUUGCCGACCACGGGCGUGCGGCGUUCCACCUUCGAGGAGGACACGACCGACGUCGAGCGAGAAGACGGCUCCGCCAAGCCCCAUGAUGAAAAGACUGCGGCGAAGACCGGCCCCCGGGACCAAGAGGAUCGGGCCGGACCCGACCAAGACCCGGCGUCAACGGCCCGGCCACCGGCAGCGGCAGCGGCAGAGGCCGGGACAGACUCGCCCGAGAGCGGGCGCAAGGGCAUCGAGACGUUCCUCGUCAUGUUCGCCCUCUGCCUGGCCCUCUUCCUAGCGGCGCUCGACAUGACCAUCCUGGCAACCGCAAUCCCCACCAUCUCGAGCCACUUCGACUCGAGCCUCGGCUAUGUGACGGCCCAGCACCGUCACACCCCCUUGCAUACAUGA